CGUGACUCCAAAAGUACGUAUUCUUGCCUGUGUCACAGCGGUGUAACUUGCAAGCGUAUAUUAAACCAAAACAUCUGAGCUCUUUAGAAUUUUUUUUUGUGUAUUAACUUUAGCGAUUUUGAACUCACUGUCUGCAUAUUUACUUGUUACUCCAUUUCAUGUAAUAUUUACGUUGUUAGUUAGUACUGGUUAAGAUAGCCUUGAACUAGGCUAUUCGCUAAUGCUAACCAGCUAACGUUAGCUACAUCCCCGAACAUGACGAGCUACUCCUCCCCUGCGAAUGAAGAUGUCUGCUGGAUGGAGAAAGAAGCUCUGGGUCUGAACAUUGUCGUGAAAGAAGAAGAGAACAAUAUUAUAGCGAAAGGAGAGGAAGGGGCAAUUACUAUCACAGUGAAAGAAGAGGAAAAAGUGGCUUUCGGAAUAAAAGAGGAGGAAGACUAUGUUACAGUGAAAGAAGAGGAUGUAGCUUUUGGAGUGAAAGAGGUGGAGGAUGUUGUAGUGAAAGAAGAUUAUGCCGUUUUUGGAGUGAAAGAGGAGGAGAUAACCGUCACAGUGAUAGGAGUGGAAGAAGCUUUCAGGGUGAAAGAGGAGGAGGAUGUUUCAGUGAAGGAAGAAGAGGACGUUUUUGGAAUGAAAGGGGAGAUUGAGGGAUUAAAGGAAGAGGGGAAGACUGUCACAGUUAAAGAAGAGGAUGAAGAAAAAGAGGAGACUAAAUAUCUGAUUAACACCAGACAGAGACCAGACUCUUGCUCUGACAGUGGGAAGAAUCCUUCAGGGGAACCAGAACAAGAGAAGCCCAAACCAGCAAGACCACAUCACUGCUCCCACUGCGGAAAGGGUUUUAGGUGGUUAGGGAAGCUGAAAGACCAUGAAAGAAUCCACACUGGAGAGAAGCCUUACCAUUGCUCUCAGUGUGAAAAAUGUUUUAUCCGGUUAUGGGACCGGAAUAUGCAUGAGAGGACACACACAGGAGAGAAGCCUUACCAAUGCUCAAAAUGUGUAAAACGUUUUGCUCAGUUGAGGGGCCUGAAAAUGCAUGAAAGGGUACAUACAGGGGAGAAGCCUUAUCACUGCUCCCAGUGCGAAAAUAGAUUUUUUUCAUCAGCGGGCCUGAAAAAACAUGAGUGGACACACACAGGAACAAAACCUUACCUCUGCUCCCAGUGUGGAAAAGAUUUUAUCCACGCAGGUCAACUGAAAGAUCAUGAGAAAAUACACACAGGAGAAAAGCCGUACCACUGCUCUCAAUGUGGAAAGAGAUUCAUCAAUGUAUGGAACCUGAAAAAGCAUGCAAUCAUACAUACAGGAGAGAAGCCCUACCACUGCUCCCAGUGUGAAAAGAGUUAUACCCAAUCAGGGGACCUUAAAUCACAUGAGAGGACACACACAGGAGAAAGGCCAUACCACUGUUCCCAGUGUGGUAAGAGCUUUACCCGGUUAAGGCAACUCAAAGAACACAAGAAUAAACACACAGGGGAGAAGCCACACCACUGCGUUCAAUGUGGAAAGACUUUUACCCGAUUAGGGCAACUGAAAGAACAUAAAAUGAUACAUACAGGACACAAGCCUUUCCAAUGCUCACAGUGUGGAAAAAGUUUCAUCCAGUUAAAGACCCUGAAAAAUCAUGAGAGAACACACACCGGAGAGAAGCCUUACCACUGCUCCCAGUGUGGAAAGAGUUUUACUAAAUUAGGGAACCUGAAAGUACAUAAGAGAAUACACACAGGAGAGAAGCCAUUCCAAUGCUCUCAGUGUGGAAAGUGUUUCAGCCAGUUAGGGGACCUGAAAAGGCAUAAAAUAAUACACAAAAGAUAAUGCUUACCUCUUCUCCGAGUGUUGAAAUUGAUAUUUCACAUCACACAGACUUAAAGUCAAUCAAAGAACAAAUCCAGGGGGAGCACGUGAUGCCGCGGAGCUGAGCAGACGUUGACAAACCGAGCUCUUCAAAGUUAUUCUAUUUUUACCUAUAAAACAACAUUGAAACAAUAUUCUAACAUCGGCUGAAAAAUUGUCAAGUACCUUCCCAAAGAGCCAUGGACCUCCGACCAAGAGGCAAGAAGGACGACCAAAACGUUGUUGAUUCCCAAGAUAACGAUAACGCUACAGCUAGCAAGAUUAGCAUUAGCCCUCAUAACUCAGACGACAGUUCCAGACUGUUGCUCUCAGCAGCCUCUUGCGAGCCUGCCGGGAAAUUCAGGAUGGUAACAAAGGUCUUUCUAUGAAAAUUGAUAAGAAAUCGGCUGAACACCAUUCUUCCAUUGACAACCUGAAAUCCUCUGUGAAUGAUCUCCUUUUGAGAAUGACUGAGGCAGAGUUGCGCAUUAGCACAGUUGAAGAUACCAUCGCUCGACAUGACCAGGUCUUGAUAAAACUGCAAAAGGACAAUGCCUACCUCAAAAACAUGGUAGAUCAGAUGGAGAACCAGAGUAGACGUAGUAAUAUCCGUGUGGUGGGAUUAAAAGGACAGCAAGGGCCGUGACCCGGUCCGUUUCUUCACUCAAUGGAUCCCGGAGGUCCUAGGCAUAAUCAACUUCACCAAGCCGCUGGAAAUCAAACGCGCCCACAGAACAUCAGCGCCGAAAACCCGGCCAGAUGAGCCCCCACGGGCCGUCCUGAUCAGGUUCCUCCGUUUCCAAGACCGAGAGAAGAUACUGCAACUCGCAAGAGCCAAAGGGGACAUCACCAUCGAUGGAAAGAGGGUCAGCCUUUUCCCAGAUAUGAGCGCGGAUCUCGCCAGAUGUCGCAAGCAGUUCAGACCUGCCGCCAAAGCACUGAAGGAGAAGAACAUCACCGGCUACCUCAUCCACCCUGCGCGGAUGAAAGUUCAGUACAAAGGCCGAAGCCAUCUCUUCAAUCGGUGAUGUCACUCGCUCUGAGGCCUUGAAGUAAUUGUUCCCCUUGCUCUGCAAGGGCCGCAGUUUUUGUGGAGGGAUAAGGUAACGAUGCUUCUUGGGAGGCAGUUGUUGAUGUGUGCAGAGGGUCCCUAGUUUGAGCCCAGGUUGGGGGCGAGGAGAGGGACGGAAGCAAAACUGUUACAUUGAUGCUGUUGACCCGGAUUACUGGUUGCUGAGGAAAAGGAGGAGGUCAAAUGGGCGUCAAAUGGUGGGGGUUGAGUGUAACCGGUGUGAAAUGGCUAGCUAGUUACCGGGGUGCGCGCUAAUAGCGUUUAAAUUGGUGACAUCACUGAGACCUUGAAGUAGUUGUUUCCCCUGCUCUGUAAGGCAGGUAACGAUGCUUCGUGGGAGACAGUCAAUGUGUGCAGAGGGUCCCUGGUUUGAGCCCAGGUAGAGGGACUGAAGCUACACUAUUCUCGUGCUUAAAUUCAAGGUCAGAGAAAAGUGCAUUAAAGACAAUUACGUUCCAUUUACGCACGCUGAACUCCGGUCGGAAUUCCCCCGUAAGGGAAUAGUAUGGUCACAUCAAUAUGAAUGUGAAAAAAGAACAAACAGAGAAAAAACUAAUUAACAUAUAACAGUAUUAAUUCAUCGUGUACAUAUUCAUAUUAAGGAUCUAUGUUUGUGUAUAUUAAAAUAUUUGUAAGAAAUAUGAGAACUUUAUUUUGAAGUUAAAAUUACAUUCUUUGCCAAUAUAAAAAACAUAUUUUUCCUAAACUCCUAAACCCAGGAGAUGGUGAUGUGAGUCUUUCAGGUGCUUCUAGGGCGCCGUAAAAUCUAGUGGACGGGACGCUUCUUCAAGGCUCUUUGCUAUCUGGGAUUGGCAUGAAAAAUCUCCAUUGAAGUUUAAGUGUUUAGGGUAGGGAUGUCCAAAUGAGCCAGGAUAGCACUGACCUUUCCUCAAGGCUUCCACUAUUUACCACAGUCAAUAUUGGAUAUAUUGUAAAAAUUCCCCCAAAUAAUAAAAUAGCCUUUUGGUCUUAAUUUAAGGUUAGCAGUGUGGUUAAGGUUUAAAAUCACAUUUUAAGAAGAUACAUUUUAUAAAUGGGUGGGGUGUGUGACUGUGUGGCUGUGGUAACUAGUCAGCCUGUUGUGUUGUUUCACGUUAAUUAAUUCUGUGUUCCUGGUCCAAAAUGUCUGCCCCAUUAUAGCUGAUUCUAAAUCCAUAAUAAUACAUAUAUAAUCACCUAAUGUUGUGUUAGAUCUUUGUAUCAAUUUACGUUCUUGUGAACAUUACAAGUUUUGAACUUCUGUUUGCUAUUUAUGGCCUGUAGGCCUCAUUGGCCUGAGCUCAUACAACUCGUUUUUGAGUGACAAAAAGCAUAAUGUAUGGAUUAUUUUGACUAUAAUAAAUACUCAGAU